AUGUACACCACUGGGCUUCUAGCGUUGGCCACGACGGUUUCCGCGGCUGUCCAGGGCUUCAACUAUGGCUCAACUUUCACUAAUGGUCAGGGAAAGCAGCAAUCUGACUUUGAAGCAGAGUUCACGACUGCUCAGAGUCUAGUGGGCACUUCAGGCUUCACCAGCGCCCGUCUCUACACCAUGGUCCAAGCCGGCUCUGCGAGUGAUCCCAUUUCAGCAAUUCCAGCCGCCAUCAAGACGAAGACCUCGCUGCUUCUCGGCCUCUGGGCUUCUGCUGGCCAGGCCUCUUUCGACAACGAACUCAAGGCUUUGACCGCUGCUGUUGAGAAAUACGGUGACUCUUUCACCAAGAUCGUCGAUGGCAUCUCUAUUGGCAGUGAGGAUCUUUACCGAAACAGUCCUAUGGGGAUCAAGGCCGGUUCAUACGUCGGUGCUGAGCCGGACACCCUCGUCAGCUACAUCAAGCAGGUUCGAGAUGCCCUCAAGGGCACGUCUCUCUCUGGGGCUCAGAUUGGUCACGUCGACACUUGGACGGCUUGGGUGAACGGCUCAAACUCAGGUGUUGUUAAUGCUUGCGACUGGAUUGGUGUCGACGCCUACCCUUACUUCCAGGACACCAUGGUCAACGAUAUCGGAAAGGGCGGCUCUCUCUUCGACGAUGCUAUCGGCCAGACGAAGAAUGCCGUCGGUGGUAAGCCUGUCUGGGUUACCGAGACUGGCUGGCCUGUUAGUGGCAAGACCGUCGGGCAGGCUGAACCCAGCACUGAGAAUGCCAAGGCCUUCUGGGACGCUGUGGGUUGCGAGAAGCUCUUUGGCAAGGUCAACACCUGGUGGUUCACUCUUCAGGAUGCCUCUCCUGACACGCCCAACCCUUCAUUUGGUGUCGUCGGCAGCACACUGAGCAACACGCCGCUGUACGAUUUGAGCUGCAAGGAUGUCAAGCCAGUCUCAUCCUCUUCGGCUGGUUCCUCUUCGACCGCGACUGCUGGAAGCGCUUCCGGUUCUUCGCAGGCAACAAGCUCUGCUGGCGACACCAGCGGCUCCCCGGGCGUCAGUGGCAUCAACUCACAGGCUACAGCUAGUGGUACCGACGCUGCCAGCCCUUCUGCAACUUCCGGAUCGGGCUCAUCUGGCUCGGGUUCUGGAACUGGAAGUGGUAGCAGCGGUACUGGCUCAGGCUCAGGCACCGGUUCCGGUUCGGGUACUGCCGGUAGUGGUUCUAACAGCACCGGUACUGGUAGCACAUCACCCAAGUCUACUGUGCCCAUCAGCAUGGCUUCCGGCAUUGAGUCUUUCGGCGUCGCAUUCCUUGCAGCCUUCGUUGCCAUUGUAGCACUAUAA